CGCUCAAGCACUGCACAUAUAAAACCCCCAUUGCAUCUCUCUUUCUUCUCAGCUUGACGUUCCCUUCUGUAGAGAACACCAAGCUGAAAACAAAAACAUCUCCUAUCAUCUCUAUUUUUUUUUUCUUUUUUUAGUUUUCGUUUCUUCUUUCUCUUAUUAGAUUUAAGCACAACAAGAACAUAAACAACUAUGAUGCAGGCUAUCUCCCCUCCAUCUCCCCUCAAGUUAUUAGUCCCAACUCGGCCUCGACUCGCUCCAGUCACCCCCAAUAAACUCAUUCUUCAUUGCAUCUAUCGAUCGGAUUCUGUCCAAUUGCCUAAUGGAGUUGGCUCCAGUCGAGCUGAUUGGCAAAGCUCUUGCGCCAUAUUAGCGAGCAAAGUCGUUUCCCAAGAGCAACCUACUGAUAAAUCUAGUGAAGAUUCACGUGGUGCUGAUCAUGUUGCUGCUGUGAACGGGCACAAGGCCUCUAUUGAUCUUGGUUUAGUCCCUCUUAACAAAGGUUCUAGUGAUGGCCACUCCAAUAACAAAAAGCCAACGAAGUCGUUAAGUAUCACCGACCUCUCACCGGCUCCUAUGCACGGCUCUCAGCUCCGUGUUGCUUAUCAAGGGGUUCCCGGCGCAUAUUCGGAGGCUGCAGCAGGAAAAGCUUAUCCAAACUGUGAAGCCAUCCCAUGUGAUCAAUUUGACGUGGUUUUCCAGGCGGUGGAGCUUUGGAUAGCAGAUCGUGCAGUUUUACCAGCUGAGAAUUCUCUAGGUGGAUCAAUUCAUAGAAAUUAUGAUUUGCUCCUUCGCCACAACCUCCACAUCGUCGGUGAAGUACAAUUUCCAGUCCACCAUUGUCUCUUAGCCCUACCCGGUGUCCGUAAGGAGUAUAUUACUCGAGUGAUCUCUCACCCUCAAGCACUUGCACAAUGUGAGCUAACGCUCACUGAACUCGGGCUGCAUGCUGUCCGGGAGGCAGUAGAUGACACGGCUGGCGCUGCAGAGUACAUAGCCUCUAACAAUCUCCGCAACACGGCAGCCAUAGCCAGUGCACGCGCGGCAGAGCUGUACGGACUGCAAAUACUAGCCGAUGGUAUCCAGGACGAUAAAAGCAACGUUACGCGAUUCUUGAUGUUGGCUCGUGAGCCAAUAAUCCCUCGCACGGACCGUCCAUUCAAGACAAGCAUCGUGUUCGCACACGAUAAGGGGACGAGCGUGCUUUUCAAGGUGCUAUCAGCGUUCGCAUUCCGCAACAUCAACUUGACGAAGAUCGAGUCACGGCCACACCGAGAUUGCCCGAUCAGGCUAGUGGACGAUGCAAGUGCCGGGACGGCAAAGCACUUUGAGUACAUGUUUUACUUGGAUUUUGAAGCGUCGAUGGCAGAAGUUAGGGCACAGAAUGCAUUGGCAGAGGUGCAGGAGUUCACUUCUUUCUUAAGGGUGUUGGGGAGCUAUCCUAUGGACAUGACUCCUUGGUGCCCUUCAAGGAGUGAUUGACAAAACCCACCAAUAAAAUAUUACAAAAAAAGCCCUUAAAAGUGUUAUUAUUUGCACAAGAAAGGGCUAUUAUUUUAUUUCUUUUGCAAUCUUUUUUAUAUUAAUUCAAAGUAAAUAUUAAAAAUAGUUGUGGAUGCAAUGUCUAAGAAUGUGAAUACCAUUUGGUAUACUCAAUCCUUUCCUUAGUAUGCUAUGCCAAAUUAUUAGGGGCAUUUAUGUGUAUGCAUAUUUUACUAAUAAAAGUUUCAGGUUUUUAAA